UGGCACCUGUCUGAUCUAUAUCGGUAAGAAACAGAUAUCGCUAGAUACAGCAUCUCACCAGCAGCGCGUGAAACUGACGCUUUCCUAGACCGACAUCUCGUCCAUGAGGUCACCUCCCCGCAGGCCUUCGAGGGCCUGAAGAACGCCAGCCGCAAAGUCCGCCGGCCGGACUGCACUCUCGUAACCGUGGACCACGUAGGUCUCUCUCUGAUAAUAUUCCAGUCCUCGUCGAUUGGAGCGGCUGACUGACUGACGCUGUCCAGAACAUCCCCACCAGCUCCCGCAAGAACUUCAAGAAUGUCAACGAGUUCAUCGAGGAGAAUGACUCCCGUCUCCAGGUCUCCACCCUCGAGGAGAACGUCAAGGACUUCAAUUUGACGUACUUUGGCAUGGACGACAAGCGUCAGGGUAUCGUCCACAUCAUCGGUCCCGAGCAGGGUUUCACCCUCCCCGGCACCACCGUCGUCUGCGGUGACAGCCACACCUCCACCCACGGUGCCUUUGGAGCCCUCGCCUUCGGUAUCGGAACCAGCGAGGUCGAGCACGUCCUCGCGACCCAGACCCUCCUCACCAAGAAGAGCAAGAACAUGCGCGUCCAUGUCGACGGUAAGCUGCCCCCCGGUGUCACCAGCAAGGAUGUUAUCCUCCACGUUAUCGGCGUCAUCGGCACUGCCGGUGGUACCGGUGCAGUCAUCGAGUACUGCGGUUCGGUCAUCCGCGGUCUGAGCAUGGAGGCCCGUAUGUCGAUGUGCAACAUGUCCAUUGAGGGAGGCGCCCGUGCCGGCAUGGUCGCCCCUGACGAGAUCACUUUCGAGUACCUCAAGGGCCGUCCGCUGGCCCCCAAGUUCGACUCUCCCGAGUGGAAGCGCGCCGUCAAGCACUGGUCCAAUCUGCGGACCGACGAGGGCGCUGUGUUCGACCAGGAGGUCUUCAUCAAGGGAGAAGACAUCAUCCCCACCGUCACCUGGGGUACGUCGCCUCAGGAUGUCGUGCCCAUCACCGGCGUUGUCCCUGGUCCCGACGACUUCCAGGACGAGACCCGCAAGGCCAGCUGCAAGCGCGCCCUCGAGUACAUGGGUCUCAAGGCUGGUACCCGCAUGCAGGACAUUGAGAUUGACAAGGUCUUCAUCGGUUCUUGCACCAACGCCCGUAUUGAGGACCUGCGCGCGGCCGCCCACAUUGUCGAGGGCAAGAAGGUUGCGCCCAACGUCAAGCGUGCCAUGAUUGUCCCUGGUUCCGGUCUGGUCAAGAGUCAGGCUGAGGCCGAGGGCCUCGACAAGAUCUUCGUCGAUGCUGGCUUCGAGUGGAGAGAGGCCGGUUGCUCCAUGUGCCUGGGUAUGAACCCCGAUAUCCUGUCGCCCCGUGAGAGAUGCGCUAGUACCUCCAACCGCAACUUUGAGGGCCGUCAGGGUGCCUACGGCCGGACACAUCUGAUGUCCCCGGCCAUGGCUGCAGCUGCUGCCAUUGUCGGUAAGCUGGCCGAUGUUCGAGAACUCUCCACCGUCAGCCCGACCGUCCGCAAGGCCUCUCCCAAGCUUGACGUCCAGCCAGAAAUGGAAGACAUCGAGACGGAUGACGAUCUCGAGCGGAUCCUCGACUUCCCCGAGGACAACGAGCCGCACGCCAACACCCUCCAGGGAGCUAGUGCCGGUCUGCCCAAGUUCACCGUCCUCAAGGGCAUUGCCGCCCCCAUGGACCGUGCCAACGUCGACACCGACGCUAUCAUCCCCAAGCAGUUCCUGAAGACCAUCAAGCGGACCGGUCUGGGCAAGUCCCUGUUCUACGAGCUGCGCUACCACCCUGACGGCACGGAGAUCUCCGAUUUCGUCCUUAACCAGGGCAUCUACCGCCAGGCCAAUAUCCUGGUUGUGACUGGACCCAACUUCGGAUGCGGUUCCUCGCGUGAGCACGCCCCCUGGGCCCUGCUUGACUUUGGCAUCAAGUGUGUCAUCGCCCCGUCGUUCGCCGAUAUCUUCUUCAACAACACCUUCAAGAACGGCAUGCUGCCCAUCAAGAUCGAGGACCAGGCCACAAUCCAGAAGAUCGCUGACGAGGCCCGUGCCGGCAAGGAGAUCGAGGUCGAUCUGCCCAACCAGGUCAUCAAGGAUGCCAAUGGCAACAAGCUCGCCGACUUUGAUGUCGACGCCUUCCGGAAGCACUGCCUGGUGAACGGUCUCGACGACAUAGGCCUUACUCUCCAGAUGGAGGACAAGAUCCGCAAGUUCGAGGCCAAGCGCACGCUCGAGACUCCUUGGCUCGAUGGCAGCGGCUACCUCAAGCGCGGCAAGCGGGGCCCAAUCAAGAUCGAGGCCGCGCCGGUCCCCAAGACCAACCGCGGAGACGUCAAGGGUGAGCCUCUAGAGUGGUAAGCGGGCUUGACUUCGACUUGAGAGACUCCAAGAAGAAAAAAGUUGCAUUUUUUCAUCUUUCUCUCGGAAGAACAACAACAACCUUGAUAUGAUACGACUUCUGAAAUUAUUAUCAAUUUUUUAUCGGGCACGAUUACUAUAUAUCUACGUGGUUGAGUGUAUCCCACGCUACGAGUUGUGAGAAUUCACUUUUGUUUUUAUUUUCCUAUUUGCUUUAGUUAUCUAUCUCAGGGAGGUCUCUCGGGAAUGUCACAUGGGAUACAGAGGAAAUGUUGUUUCAAAAUAAUGAGGCGUCGUUGUUUUCUUUUUUUUUUUUUUUU